AUGUGUUCUCAGAAAACUCUCCGCGUAAGGCGGUUAACGAUGAUUGAGUCAGCAGAGGAUGUAUCUUUCUGGUUGACAAGGGUUCAAGAGCAGUGGUGUACCAAAGAUCCUAUUGCUAUACGAGUGAAGUCAGGUGAUGGUGUAAUUGGAUCUACUAUUCCUCUUCUCUUUGGGUAUCAUUCUGAUAAGGUGGGUUGGUGGGGUAUGAAUUGGGAUUCUGCAGAUACUAUCGAUCAGCUUAGCCGCGAGAUAGAAACUAGUAAUGAUUUGCUAGGAGAGGGAUUUGCUUUUACAGUGAGAGAAGAACCAUCUACACUUUUAGCUCUUGAUAUCAUAACAAUAACAGGGAAAGUUUUGGCUAUCGGGGUUCUUGAUAUCCGGGCAGCCUUUCUAGAAGAAGAAGAACUGCAGUCAUAUUGUCUUUCUUUGGUGCCAGAGUCAUGUGUUGUGGACGAUGAAACGGUUCAUGCUGUCCUUAAAGUGGAAGUUAUUUCCAGUAAAAACUGUCGUGAGAUAACUCCCAUAUCGUGUGGUAUACCUACUUCUAUUAAUUGUGGAGUUGUUGAAAUAUCUACCACAAAACUCUUCUUCCCUUCUUGUUUUCUCACUGGGAGUGGUUCUUUUGUUGUAUCUAAUGUCAUUUGCAUGAAAAACAUUACAACUGACAGCAUCACAAUACAACUGGCUUUGACAGGCAGCAACGACUGCAUUCAUAUGCAUCCACCAGGCAAAGUAAGUGUGGAGGCAGGUAAAAAGGCAUACUUUGUCAUCACUUGGGAUGUAUUCAAGAAGUUUGCCUCUAAAACGAAAGAAGGUGUACCAAUCGAGUUGCAUGUCAUGAUUUUUGCAGAAGGAGAGAGUGUUCAGCCCAUAACAUUUGAGAUGUUUGGACAAUCACCUGGAGCGUCUUCCUCUAAUAUGGCAUAUCACUAUUGGGUAAAUACGACUCUUAUUACCAAUAGACCGUGCUCAGCAGAAGAUGUUGCAAUGCUCAAGACAAUCCUUCCCGUGUUUCAGGUAAGUAAAUCAUGUUUGGUUACAGACCUUCCACCCAACUAUGAAAAUAUCAAUUAA